CGCUUACCCACGAUCCUUUGCGUGCUCAAGAUGGAGGAACUGACGGUAGAGGUUCGUGGCUCCAAUGGAGCUUAUUAUAAGGGAUUUGUCAAAGAUGUUCAUGAUGACUCGCUUUCCAUUUCAUUUGAAAACAACUGGCAACCUGAAAGACAAGUCCCGUUCAGCGAUAUCCGUUUGCCUCCUUCUGCUGAUGGCAAAAAGGAGAUCGGCGAGGGAGAUGAGGUGGAGAUCUAUUCCCGAGCAAAUGAACAGGAGCCCUGUGGUUGGUGGCUAGCUAAAGUUCGAAUGAUGAAGGGAGAUUUCUAUGUGAUUGAGUAUGCUGCUUGUGAUGCAACAUACAAUGAAAUCGUCACUUUUGACCGCCUUCGACCAGUGAACCUCAACCAAGCAGUCACAGAGACCACCUUCCACAAGUGCACUGUUCCUGUCCCUGAGGAUCUGAAGGCUGCAUGUGCAAACGAGCCUGCUCACAAGGACUUCAAAAAGGCGGUAGGAGCCAGCCGGAUAGUCUACAACCCAGAGACUAGCCAGUUGGUUAUACUGUCUGUGAACGAGGCCACGGUGAAGAGAGUUUCCCUCCUGAGUGACAUGCACUUAAGGAGCAUCCGUACCAAACUCAUGCUCAUGUACAGGAACGAGGAGGCCACCAAGCACUUGGAGAGCACAAAGCAGCUAGCCUCUGCCUUCCAGGAGGAGUUCACCGUGAGGGAAGACCUUAUGGGCCUUGCCAUCGGCAGCCAUGGCAGUAAUAUCCAGCAGGCCAGGAAAGUGCCGGGCGUGACCGCCAUUGAGCUGGAUGAAGAAAGUGGCACCUUUAGGAUUUAUGGUGAGACUGAAGAGGCAGUCCAGAAAGCAAGAAAUUAUCUGGAAUUCCUCGAAGAAUCUGUUCAAAUUCCUAGAAACCUAGUCGGGAAGGUUAUUGGUAAGAGUGGCAAAGUUAUCCAAGAGAUUGUCGACAAGUCUGGGGUGGUCCGAGUACGAAUAGAAGGUGACAAUGACAACAAACUCCCCAGACAAGAAGGGAUGGUACCCUUCACGUUUGUUGGCACAAAGGAGAGCAUUGGCAACGUGCAAGUCCUCCUGGAGUACCACAUUGCUUACCUAAAUGAGGUGGAGCAGUUGAGGCUUGAGAGGCUGCAGAUCGAUGAGCAGUUACGGCAGAUCGGUCUCGGCUACCGGCCUGUUCCUGGCCGGCCUGCUGACAAGGACAAGGGCUAUGCCAUGGAUGAGAGUGUGCCUGGUGCCCCCCCCCACUCUAGCCGCUCCUAUGCCGGCCGAGGCCGUGGACGCAGAGGCAUGAACUAUACUUCUGGUUAUGGAACAAACUCCGAGCACUCGUACGCCUCAGAGACGGACUCUGAGCGCAAGGAUGAGCUGAGCGACUGGUCCAUGGCGGGGGAGGAGCCAGAGCGAGGGGUGCGUCAGCAGAGAGACAGCAGGCGGAGACCAGCUGUAGGGAGAGGCCGUGGUGGCCCUGGGGGCAGAGGUCGUGGGACAGCGAGAGGGGCAUCCAGCACCAUGAGCUCAGUUCUGAAAGAUCCAGAUCGGAACCCUUACAGCCUUCUGGACAACACUGAGACAGACCAGACAGUGGACACGGACACCAGCGAGUCUCACGUGAACACGAGCCGCCGCCGCCGCUCGCGACGCCGCCGAACGGACGAAGACGAGACCAUUAUCGACGGCAUGAGCGAGUCGGACAACACCUCGCUCAGCGAGAAUGGCCUAGAUGAAGCGGAGGCUAAACCACAGCGGCGUAACCGUAGCCGCCGACGCCGCUACCGCCCUCCAGAGGAGAGGCAGCCAGUUACUGUGGCUGAUUACAUAUCGAGGGCUGAAUCACAAAGCAGGCAGAGAACAAGCCGAGAUCUGAAGAAGAAGAAUAAAGAUUUGGGACAGGUUGAGAGCAUAGCAGAGCACAGCGUCUCUACAUCUCUGACCAACGGUCCCAACGUCAAGGCAGAUGAGCCGAAUAAAGCCGCGUGUGCUUCCACUGAGAAGGCCCCCAAGGCUACUGGUCAAGGAAAUGGGGCCAAGCCAGCCGUGGUCAAUGGACUCUCCUAAGCAGUUUGGGUUUUUUUGUGGGGUUUUUUUUUUUUUUCCUUUUUUUCCCUUUUAAUUAAGUAACCUUUACAUUUUUACAAUAGUGCUUGUACAAGCUUGCCAAAGAUAGAAAUAUGAACUUCCAGAUUCUCUACUGCACUUUUUUGUUCCUUCACCAUGGAACAGGUAGGAGGGGAGGCAAGAUUACAAAAAAGGGGAAAAAAGAUGCACGCUGUAGAGAUAAAAGUGAAACAAGUCACACCCAAGUAUGUCCAAGUACAUCAUCAGAUGUUGUGCCUUCAAAGAGUUGUUUUACCAUUCAAGUAGCUGGCUGUAGGAAAACAUGAAAAAUAAAACUGAUAUGGUAAUGCAGAAAAUCAGAGAGGUCCUCAGACUUGUUAAGUUAGCUGCUUUCUGUUUUAAUAUGCAACCACUUCAUGGGCGGGAUUAGGAAAAGCAGUCUGAAAAAGUAUGUUUUGCACUGAAUUGUACUUUCUUUCCCUUUAGAAUAAUGUUAGUCUGGAAACUGGUCUGUUAACUCUUCAUUUUAAGUGGUGUGUAAAAGACACUGCUCAUGGCUAUCUCAAAGAUUGAAUUUGUUCUGGUUCAUUGCCUGGCAGGCUAUAGUGACCAUGACCGUGACUGUUUAGCAAAAGGAACCUUGUUUUUGGUUUAUUUAUUUUAAAGUGUACAGUAUUUAAAACAGCAAAAGCAGUUAUUCUUUUAACACUAAACUGGCUGCCUGAACGUAUUUGCACGCAGGUGACAAUUUGGACUACUGAAAGAUCAACUUCCAGAUUUUGUGUGUGUUCUGUAAAUUACGUUUGUGAGUCCUUAUUUUCUCUUUUUUUUAAAUGAUUCUGGUUGUUUGAUGUGCAAUAUGUUUUGUAUGCAGAUAGUUCUUGAAAUAAAAUUUUGAUCUUGCA